GCUUAUUUUAUUUUAAUUCGGAUAAAACAUUAAUGGUCUUACCAACAAAAUACAUAAAAAAUGAGACCUACCAAGUUGGCAUGACGGUGGAUAUUCAGCUGCCAAGACAAAUAGAGCAAGCAGAAAUCAUUGAUUUAAGUGAUGACAAGACUAAUUUAGAAAUAAAGCUUUUGGAAUAUUAUAAUGACCCUGAGAAUAGACAAAAAUUUGAAAGCAGUGAAGAGGAGGAUGAAAGAGAUGACGAGGCAGAAAAGGCAUUGGAGAUGGUUUUAAAGUGUGGAAGUAAGAGAAAGAAUAAAAAUGUAAAAAGUAGCGUUAAAAAAGAGAAGAAGAGGAAAGAAAAGAGAGAACAAGAAAAGAAAAAGAAAGAAAAAGAAACGAAAGAAAAAGAAAAGAAAGAAAAAGAAAAGAAAGAAAAAGAAAAGAAAGAACAAGAACAAGAAAAGAAAAAGAAAGAAAAAGAAACGCCAACCCAAAAGAAAACCUUCGUAAAAAAAGAACUGGUUAGUAAAAUAAACCUUGUAUUUAGGGCUCUAAAAAUCUGAUAUAAAAGAGAAAUGUUAAAUUUUUAAAAAGUUAUCAGAAAAUUACUGACCUAGAAAUUUAACAUUUUUGCACAGCUAGUAACAAUAAUAAUUUUUUAGGCUACGAUGAUAACAUUUGGAGAUACUGGAGCAGGC